GUGGUGCCGGGCCGCAGGGGGCGUGCGACGGUGCGACGUCGACGCAGCCCGCUAAGCUCCCCCGACCCGUCUGCGCCCCUCGGCCACCGCUGAGUCCUCCGAGGGCCGGGGUCUGGCGGCUCUUGAGUCCUUCUGCCGCCGCCAUGGACAACUCCGGGAAGGAAGCGGAGGCCAUGGCGCUGCUGGCCGAGGCGGAGCGCAAAGUGAAGAACUCGCAGUCCUUCUUCUCGGGCCUCUUUGGGGGCUCAUCCAAAGUGGAGGAAGCCUGCGAGAUCUACGCCAGAGCGGCAAACAUGUUCAAAAUGGCCAAGAACUGGAGCGCUGCCGGAAACGCUUUCUGCCAGGCAGCCCAGCUGCACCUGCAGCUCCAGAGCAAGCACGAUGCAGCCACCUGCUUUGUGGACGCAGGCAACGCGUUCAAGAAGGCUGACCCCCAAGAGGCCAUUAACUGUUUGAUGAGAGCAAUUGAGAUCUACACAGACAUGGGCCGGUUCACCAUCGCAGCCAAGCACCACAUCUCCAUUGCUGAGAUCUAUGAGACGGAGCUGGUGGACAUCGAGAAGGCGAUCGCCCACUACGAGCAGUCUGCCGACUACUACAAAGGCGAGGAGUCCAACAGCUCGGCCAACAAGUGUCUGCUGAAGGUGGCCGGUUACGCCGCGCAGCUGGAGCAGUAUCAGAAGGCCAUUGACAUCUACGAGCAGGUGGGGACCACUGCCAUGGACAGCCCCCUCCUCAAGUACAGCGCCAAGGACUACUUCUUCAAGGCGGCCCUCUGCCACUUCUGCAUCGACAUGCUCAACGCCAAGCUGGCUGUCCAGAAGUACGAAGAGCUGUUCCCCGCGUUCUCCGACUCCCGAGAGUGCAAGCUGAUGAAGAAGUUGCUAGAAGCCCACGAGGAGCAGAACGUGGACGGCUACACCGAGGCGGUGAAGGAGUACGACUCCAUCUCGCGGCUGGACCAGUGGCUCACCACCAUGCUGCUCCGCGUCAAGAAGACCAUCCAGGGCGACGAGGAGGACCUGCGCUAGCCCCUCCUGCCCGCGCUCUCCCUCCAGCAAGGAUCACGUGAGCCCGGAGAGGUGGACCUGAGGCCUGGCUGCGCGCCCCUCCCUGCACACGGAGCCUCCUUGCCACAGCGGGGUCCAGCGCGGCCUCGGCCUCGGGCGGGCCUGCCGGCCAGGCGGCCCCUCUGUUCUCGCUGCAUCCCUCGCCCUCUGCCCCUUUAUUUAAGCCCCCAAAGGUGCCCUUCUCCACCCCAAAAGACGCAAUCUUUGACACAGACCUAUUUGCUGUAGCUGCUGCCAGGGGGUGGGGUCAGCAUCUGACCCCCGUCCUCCAACCAGCUGAGUCGUGAGGUUGCCUUCGGUCUCCCCACUUCGUCCCCCAGCCGAGCCCUGAGCACAGGUAGCCCCAACAUGUGCUCUCGCUGUUGGGGUGGGCUCCCCCCCAGCCCCGCACCAGGAGCCUCCCCCAGCCUCCACAGCUGACCUCUCAGGAGAGACCCCAGGCCCUGAGCGCAGAGGGACAUCCCGCGCCCGCCCUCCGCUCCUUCCCUAGUGCUGUGGGGUCUUGCUGGGCAGAAGCUGCAGCUGGCUCAAGAAAGGAAAUAAAAACAGCACUGCGGCAUGA